GACUUAACUAUAUAUAAAGAUCGCCGGGAGUUUCCAAAAAUUCACAUUCAGUGACUUAUACUGAACAAUGGUUAACAUGAGCUAUCACCAAUCUCAACAAAAACAUAUUCAUACUCCAACCCCUAGACAAACGAGAAAGCGAAAUAAUAAAAGAAAAAGGAUUUGUUGGGACAAACUAUCACCGACAGCACACCGUCAGACUUGAUUAACAGGUGAUUUAAGAAGGUCCAGAGCGUUCCUGUGUGGAAGCUGACCUGCGCGUGGCGACUGAGUGGUGAGAUGACUGCGGAGUGGCUGCACCUGCCCCCCCCGUACCCCCCCGGCGUGGGGCCGCUGUGCGGGGCCGAGCUCGAGGCGUGGUACGAGGACCUGCAGGACAUCCUGGGCUCCGACGGGGGCGGGGUCAAGGCCGCACGAGCCCCGCCCUGCCCUGAGAAGGAGCCGGAGUUCCUGGAUGUUCUGGAGAGCUGCUCGCUGACCUGGCUGACGGACGGGCAGGGGUGGGCGGGCGAGGGGGUGCAGCGGGUGGUGGAGGAGGGGCCUCCCCCUCCGGCGUCCAGUCACGGCCCCGCCCCGGCCAGGGAGGCGGGGACAGGGGGCGGGGCAGGAGGAGGAGGGGGCGGCGACCUGCUGCCUCCUGAGUUCUUUGAGCUCCUGAGCGAUGGAGGGGUGGGGCUGAUGGAGGGAGGGGGCGGCGGGGUGGAGGGCUGCAGCGUGUACCCCCAUCACCACCGACCCCCCUCCCCCACGCCCAGCGAGGAGGAGCCCCCCUCAGUCCCCGACUCCUCCUCCUGCUCCUCCUCCUCCUCCGCCUCGCAGUCCCCGACCCUGCACCGCUCCCCGCCCCCCUCCCCGCUCUCCCCGCACCCGGUCCUCACCUACAGGCUGGGCAAGCGCAAGAGGGGCGGGGACAAAGGGGGCGGCCCCACCCCCUCCCCCAGCUCGGCCCCCCCCUGCGGCCCCUCCUCGGCGAAGAAGAGCAGGAAAGAGCGGGAGCAGGAGAACGAGAGGAGGGUGCAGGAGCUGACGGAGCAGAACGAGAGACUGAAGGCGGAGAUAGAGAGGCUGGCGGAGGAGGUGCAGCGAACGCGGCGCUCUCUCAUAGAGAGACUGGUCAACACCCGAAAGUGAGGGGGGGGGCCUGGGGGGGAGGGACUGGUCAACACCCGAAAGUGAGGGGGACGGGGGGAGGGGGGGUGCGGGAGGGGGGCUGAGGUGUUCCGUUUCAUGUCAGCAAAUGAGAUCCUUUACGUGCGAUUUUCAGUCGGUGAAAUUAAUUUAAUUUAAUUUCCUGAAUUUACUGAAUUAAAAAAAGCCAUGACCCCAAACCCUGGGAGGGAGGAAGGUAGGGAUCGUCUCGGUUGAGACCGCAGGAAAGAAAGAACGAUCGGGCAGAGGGAAGAAAGCAAAGAAGCGAAAGUAGCCGGAAGGGUGAACAUCCGGGAUUCAGGGAAAAAUGCAGGAAACGGGAGGACAGAAAGGAAGUAUGAAGCAGAGAGCUUUAAUGGUGAGCAGCUGACAUGGGGAGCCAAUGGGAGAGCAGGCACUGCAUCAGAGCAGCCAAUGGCGAGAGAGACAGACCAGGCACUGCGUCAGAGCAGCCAAUGACGAGAGAGACAGACCAGGCACUGCGUCAGAGCAGCCAAUGGUGAGAGAGACAGACCAGGCACUGCGUCAGAGCAGCCAAUGGCGAGAGAGACAGACCAGGCACUGCGUCAGAGCAGCCAAUGGUGAGAGAGACAGACCAGGCACUGCGUCAGAGCAGCCAAUGGUGAGAGAGACAGAGAUGAGGUACUGUGUCACAGCAGCCAAUGGCGAGAGAGACAGAUGAGGUACUGUGUCACAGCAGCCAAUGGCGAGAGAGACAGAUGAGGUACUGUGUCACAGUAGCCAAUGAUGAGAGAGACAGAUGAGGUACUGCAUUAGAUAUGUCGUAAGGAAAGCUGGUGUGUUUUCCAGUAAGAUGGUGUUCGUGCCCUCAGUGUUUUUUACUGAGAAAGAAAGAGUGCAGAAUUCAUGAAGAAUUUCAGUUUGCUCUGGAGCUACGUAGCUGAGCUCUGUAGUUCUAGAAAGAGAGACGGGUAAAAGAGAAGAGAUGGGGUUUUUUUUUUUUUUACAGGAACUAGGAAAGGGGAGAGAGGGGGUAGUCAAAAAUCUGUGGUGCCUCACUGCCAAACCCAGCCCUCCCUUUCCCUCCCCCCCCAGCUCCCCCAAAAAACAACCUCGAAUCAUCAACCUUAAUUAAAACUUCAGGUCUUUCUACGUGGUUAUUUUUUUAACAGAAUUUUCCCCUCAGCCUGACGGUGACUGACAGGUCUGGACCCGUGUGUGUGUGUGUGUGUGUGCGCGCGUUGUGGAGACUGAACCGUGGUCUCGACCCGGCCUUUAUAUGCACAGAGAGGGGGCUAGGCGCGUUGUCGGCAAACUAUUUUUCUGUAUCCUGAAUUAGAGCAGCAGUAGUCUUUUACUAUACACCGCCCUGCUAUCUACAUAUUUUUUUAUCGCCUUUGUAAUAUACGCGGUUAUAUACUAUCCUGUAUCAAUUUUGUUACAGUUUUCAAACAUGUACUUUAUAAUGUAAGAACCUGCAUGCUAAUUUACUGUUAUGAUGAAUGUGGUUAGUUCUCUGGAAUAUCACCCAUUAAGUAAUGUUUUUAGUACUGCAUUUACUCUCUUGUACUGUAUCACUGAUUUUACUAUUAAAGUUAAAAUUUAACUCUC